GCCUCGCUGAGUAAACAAAGGCCAGAAGAGAGUGUCAGCAGCGCUCCCUAGCUGCCUCCAAACCCGCUUCUUCCCCUUCUCUACCAGUGAAAACAAAGUCGGAGUUUAAAAAAAGAGAAAAGUCUGUUUUUGUUUUUCCUGCUUCGGACCUAAACUGAGCGACUCUUCUAGCAGUUAUAAACUGAGGACGAGCCAGAGAUGCCGCGACCGCGUUGGGCUCUGGGUAAAGCUUCGGCUUUUAUCGUGCUGCUUGUGACAUUCGUCGAUGCUCACCGAUUCCUCAACCAGAACACAGCCUCCCAGUUCCUGAGGAGACACAGGAGAGCCAACUCUGUGUUUGAGGAGACCAAGGCAGGAAACCUGGAGAGGGAGUGCAUCGAGGAGGUGUGCAACAAGGAGGAGGCCAGGGAGAUCUUUGAGAACCAGCCUGAGACGGAAUACUUCUACCCCAAAUAUGUUGGAUGUCUGGGUUCCCACCGAGUUGGCAUCAGUAAUGGGAACUCAGGUUCAAGCAUCCCAUCAAACCUUCGCACUUGUGUCAAUGAAAUUAGUAACCAGUGCACCCCGUUUCCAUGCUACAAGGAGGGUUCAGAGGGCUGUGUGGACGGCCAGGCGUCCUUCACGUGUGUGUGUAAGCCUGGCUGGAAGGGGGAGCACUGUGAAAGUGACAUCGACGAAUGUUCCGACCCAGAUUUCCCUGCGGGAUGCAAACACAAAUGCAACAACAUUCCUGGAAGUUUCUACUGCCUGUGUGACGAAGGUUACUUCCUGAAUGAUAAAACCAACUGCGUGGAUAUCAAUGAAUGCCUGCUGUAUCCUAGUAUCUGUGAAGAGCCGGCCAAAUGUGUCAACACGCCUGGCAUGUACGAGUGUCAGUGUCCGAAGGGGUUUAAAUACAACUUCACCACAAAGUCCUGUGAUGAUGUGAAUGAGUGUGAGCACGUCGUGUGUGACGGGACCUGUGUGAACACAGUGGGCAGCUACACGUGCAUCUGCAACGGUCGAGCAGGUUUGCGCCUGGCGGCGGAUGAACGAUACUGCGAGACGAUUCCCAUCUGCGUGGACCUGAACGACUACAAACACCCUGAAAUGCUUUACCUGGGGGAGCUGUUUGCGGGUCUUCCCGUCAUCUUCCUUCGCUUUCGCCUCCCUGAAAACACAAAGUUUGCAGCUGAGUUUGACUUCCGAACGUUCGACCCAGAGGGAGUUAUUCUGUAUGCAGAGUCUUCCAGUGAUUCAUGGUUCAUGUUAGGGCUAAGAGAUGGACGCAUUGAAGUCCAAUUCAAAAACCAGCAUAGUUUCAAGGUUACCAGUGGAGGCAAAUUCAUAGACGAUGGGGAGUGGCAUGUGAUCUCUGUUGAUGAACUGGAGAACAGCAUCAGUGUGAAGAUCAGCAAUGAAGCUGUGAUGAGUAUCAACAGUCCAGAGAGUCUCUUUACUUCAGUCAAUGGGAAGCUGGAGACCAAAGUCUACAUCGCCGGUCUGCCAAACCGUACUGACAAUGUCAUCAAGCCGAUCAACCCUCGACUAGAUGGCUGCAUCCGUGGCUGGAACCUCAUGAACCAGGGGCCAUCUGGGGUCAAAGAGGUCAUCCAGGAGAAGCAGAGUAAACACUGUUUUGUGCAUGUGGAACGAGGAUCUUUCUUCUCUGGAGAAGGACUUGCCCAUUUUGACAUAGACUACAGUGAUGUAUUUGUGUUUUCUCGUGUGCAAGCAGGUAAAUCUGGAAAGUGGAAUGUGAAUAUAGAGAUGCGUAUACGCCCAUCUAAAAGUACAGGAGUCCUUUUUGCUCUUGUCUACAACAACACAGUCCCCCUGUCGGUUGCAGUGGUAGAAAAAGGAGAUGGAGAUGUGAAUUUACAAGUGUUUUUGGAUGGUGUUUCUGUGGCAACACUGGACACAUUGAUGCUGUGCUACCCUGAACGGCUUGGGAUCCAGCUCAAUGUGACUCCCUCGGAAAUCCAAAUCUCAGCCAGUUCUUCCACUGUAAGCUACAUGAAGUCAGAUGUCCUCAAGGAGAAACUGGAAGUCCUCAACACCACUAUGCAGAAUCCCGUCAGCACAUACAUUGGAGGGAUACCAGGUAACAUCCCAUUAAUAGCCACCCCCGUGUCCGCUUAUUACUACGGCUGCAUGGAAAUCACAAUCAACGACCAGCGGCUGGACUUUGACGAGGCGCUCAGGAAGCACAACAGCAUCAAAUCCCACUCCUGCCCUCCUGUCUCCGCCUCCGAGUCUCACAGCAUUGUAUCACACCUGCACAGAUAGUGACCUUAGACGGAGACAGACUUCAAGCUAGGUAGCGUCCAACAGGGGCGACCUAUCGAGGUAAUUUGGGUAGAUGUAUUCUAAUUUUUGUCUUUACUUUUCACCUAAACAAUAUUGUUUUUCUUGGAUGAUGUUUCAUGAGUACCUUCAAAAUAAAAGCCUGCACAUCAAACAGAAACUGAUCUGUUCAGCACCAGAGUAUGAGUGUUGAGCAACAUGUGGUUGUAUUUGUGAAAAAAAUAAACAAAUGGUUGCUUUUGGCCAAGCUCUGAUGACAGCUGGUCCUUGUCCUUGCAGCUGGAUCACACUAUUAUCUGGAAUCUUUUUAUAACUAGGGACGACUUAUUUUUACUGUGGCCUUGGGAGUAAAACCUAAGAGGAGACUGCUGAGACGGCAGGCUCGAUCUGGUUCUGUUGCGUUGUCAUAUCAGAAUCACCACUGGCUAAUGUAGGUCAUCAGAAAUCUGAACUGUCGCUCUGCUUCUGUUGUCCAUUUCCUGUGACCACUAUUUGUAUCUCACAUAAACAGACAUAAUUAUUUAAGUUAAACUUAGAUCUAUGUUUUGCGUGUUGAGUGAUUGUUUUAAUAAAAUUCCAUCAAAAGCAAA